UAAUAUGAAAAUGAAAAGAUAACGAUAUCGUUUUGCUCCAUCGCCUCUCCGUUGGGUUGGGUUGGGUUGGGUUAGGGUUUGCAGAUUUCCAAUUUCCUCGCAUUUCUCCACCGCACCGCACCGCACCCACCUCCGUCAAAUACCAAUAAAGCGUGUGAUUUCCAUCCACCAGUUUCGUUUCGGCAAGUCUUACAAUUGUUGGUUAUAUAGCUCAAAAUGGCUCUGAUUGCCCAUCAACCACAGGGCUUGUAUGUGACGUUUUCCUCAAGGGAUUUGCCAUGGAACAAAAGGCUGAAGUUAAAGCAGUGUUUAAGUAAACAUCACUUGAUCGGAAGAGCUGAUUUUCAUUGCAUAUUAAAGCGGAGUAUUACUUUAAGUGUAGGGCCUUCUCACACUUAUGGAUCCAAGUUUAAACCUUUGAGGAUUGCAGCCUUCAAAGGUAGUGCCCAAAAUGAUAAUUCAGUUAAUAGAGCUAAUGGAUUGAAGGUGCCCAAGUCCUCUGUUCGGCUUGAAGAGAAUGGGGAAAUCAAAUCUGAAUCUCCAAAGGCCGAUGUUCAACUCUCUUGUGCCUCUGAAGCGAAUGAGAGCCUUGCAGCAUCAUCAGGUAUUAAUAAACUUUUCAAAAAGUGGUUGACAAUGUUGCGCACACCACCAUCAAAUCAAGGAGUGGAGGACAUUUUGGGAGAACCACCACCAGAGGUUUUACCAGAAACUCCACAAGGGAUGCAAAGGACUGAAAAAGAUCAGAUUUUGAAGGUGGCUUGGUCUAAGAUUCUAGCGCUGGACGCAACAUUAAAGAUUCCAUUCUUAAUAUUUGCUCCUUUCUUCGUGGCUGUUAAUGUAACUUAUGGUGCUGAAGUGUCGAAGGAGUUAACCCCUUUAUGGGUUUUGGGGCCAUUAGUUGUGGCUCUCUACAUCAUGAUAGUGCGGUGGCUUUGUGCCCUCUAUGUCUUCACCUUCAAGCAGACGGUCAAAGUACUUAAGAAUUCACCCUCUUACUGCAUUUUGGCCUUCAGCUAUGUUUUUUAUGGCAAGCUCAAAGAAGAUAUCAAAGUUCACUUUUUGCAGCCUAUAUUGAACAUAAAAAACAUGGAUUACAAAGAGCUGGCAAGAAAAAAGUUGAAAGAAUUGGCAGAAUGGAUAAGAGAGAAGUAUCUUGAUUAUGUGGAAUCAAUAUGGCCGUAUUAUUGUCGGACAAUCAGAUUUUUAAAGAGGGCUAAUCUUAUUUAAAUUAGAAAGUAAUUUUGAGGGUACUCUUUGGUACGGUUGAGAGAGCGAAAACUUUGGAAGGGGGGAGUUCUAGGAAGUUGAUUAUGUUAUGAAAUAUAAGAGCUUGCCAAUCCCAUUUUAAACUGGGGCAUUGGUGUUUUGAGGGAGCUAAUGGUCACAAGGAAGUUCUUGAUUUGAUUCCUGUUAUCUUAAAAACAUUUUAGGCUGAGGUUCUGUAAUUGUAUCAUUUUGUAAGUCAUGGUUGUAUAUUAGAUUUAUUCUGUUUGUAGUGUAAUUGGUCUUUAGCAUGGAUCUUCCUAACAAUUCCCCCACACUCGUUUUCUUCUGUAAGAUUUCUGUAUUUUUUUAGCAUAAUUGGCAUAAGGAGCUGAAUAUUCUACUUCC